AUGGAACUUGUCGCCUUCUCUUCGCGACCCACAUGGGAAGAUCAGAAUUGGGUCGUCCCAACAUCCCGCGAAGACAUGCUCGAGGACUAUAAGGACUGGAUUCCUGCCGUGCGCAAGAUCAUGGAGAACGUCCGGAAGCCCGACAUCUGGGCGCUAUUCAACCACCCACCUGCAUCAAUCUACUACAGCGCUAAGCCACUCAUCUGCCUAGUGGGCGACGCCGCUCAUGCAUCGACACCGCACCAAGGCGCAGGUGCAGGAAUGUGUAUUGAAGAUGUGUACGUCCUGAGCGAGCUGUUGUCGCAGUGUCAUGCAAAGACUACCCUCGAGACGGUAUUCCACGCAUACGACGCUGUUAGAAGGCCGCGCAGCCAGAAGCUGGUCAAGACCAGCAAGGAAGCCGGUAUGUUGUGGGAAUUCGAAGGAGAAGGCGUCGGCGACGAUUUGGAGGCGCUGCGGAUUAAUGCGCAGACCAGGAUGGCGUGGAUUUGGGAUCACGAGAUAUCGAAUGACCUGAAGGAAGCAAGGCGGAUUAUGCAAGAGGGCUUGCCGAAUACUCCGUAG